CUUAGCUAGCGAUUAAGGCUAAGGUUCCAUGUAACUUGGAGGUCAUGGUUUCGAGUUGUGAUCAACUCUGCAACUUAACAAGAAGAAUCUGCAGUUUAUUCCCAACUGAUUUUCAAAUAUUCUUCGUUUGUCCCGGUGAUCACAUGCUAAGUACUUGGCCCAUACACCAAUGAUUGUAAGUUUUAUUACUUGUCUGUACACAUACAAUGUUGAUGUCUGAUAGUGAAAAUUGUGAUGAGAUCCGCAGAAACACAAGACAAGCAUCAAUUAAAGACUUUUCAAUCAGGUGGACCUUAGGAUGUUGAUUUCUUGCAGUCGUGUUAGACUAGUCCAACACCUCACUCUCAUUCUUCCAUUGACAAAACCUUUGAACUAAGAUCAAACACUACUGUAAGGAACUAUGGCUGGUGGAUUUGUAAUUUCAAGUGAAGGAGGGCAAUACAAUGGAAAAGUUACGUGGUUCGUCGUGCUAUCGUGCAUGAUGGCUGCCAUGGGAGGUGUCAUUUUCGGCUACGAUAUUGGAAUUUCAGGUGGAGUGACAUCUAUGGAGCCAUUCUUGAAGAAGUUUUUCCCAGAAGUGUACACCAGGAUGAAAGAGGACACUAAGAUCAGCAACUACUGCAAAUUUGACAGUCAAUUGUUGACGUUGUUCACAUCCUCACUGUAUUUAGCAGGCCUAAUCGCUUCGUUUUUCGCAUCAUCCGUCACAAGGGCUUAUGGCCGCGAACCGACAAUCCUCUUCGGGGGUGCUGCGUUUCUUGCAGGAGCAGCACUUAAUGGCGCAGCCAUUAGUACAUACAUGCUGAUUUUCGGUAGAGUCCUGCUUGGAGUUGGCGUUGGUUUCGCAAACCAGGCAGUUCCCUUGUAUCUCUCAGAAAUGGCGCCGGCUAAGUACAGAGGAGCCUUCAACAAUGGAUUUCAAUUUAGUGUAGGAAUUGGAGCCUUAUCUGCCAACUUGAUCAACUAUGGAACUGAAAAGAUCAAAGGUGGUUGGGGCUGGAGAAUUUCAUUAGCAUUAGCUGCAGUUCCAGCUUCAGCUCUAACUCUAGGCGCAAUCUUUCUCCAAGAGACGCCUAAUAGCGUCAUCCAACGCACCAACAAGUACGACAAAGCCAAAGCAAUGCUGCAGAGAAUCCGAGGGACUAAUGAUGUCGAAGCAGAACUGAACGAUCUCAUCAAAGCAAGUGAGAAUUCAAGAACCAUAAAAAGCCCCUACAAAAACAUCCUGCAAAGAAGCUACAGACCUCAGCUUGUCAUGUCGAUAGCGAUCCCCUUCUUCCAACAAGUGACGGGAAUCAACGUCAUAGCGUUCUACUCUCCAAUAGUCUUCCGCACAAUUGGCUUUGGCGAGAGCGCGUCUCUCAUGUCCUCGGUCAUGACAGGAGUCGUGGGCAUCGUCACCACAUUCUUGUCGAUGAUGAUAGUGGAUAGAGCCGGGAGACGGUUUCUGUUAAUAGUUGGUGGAAUAAUAAUGUUCGUCUCGCAAAUGUUGGUUGGGGCUAUAAUGGCAGCCAAACUAGGGGACCAUGGCGGACUAAGCAAAGGGUACGCCGAUGUCGUUUUGGUCUUGAUUGGAGUGUAUGUUGCUGGUUUUGGAGUGUCAUGGGGUCCCUUGGGAUGGUUAAUUCCUAGUGAGAUUUUUCCGUUGGAGAUACGGUCAGCUGGACAGAGUAUAUCCGUCGCAGUGAAUUUUCUCUUUACUUUCUUAGUUGGGCAGACAUUUUUGUCAAUGUUGUGCCAUUUUAAGUCUGGGAUUUUCUUCUUCUUUGGGGGGUGGGUGGCGGUGAUGACCGGAUUUGUGUACGUGUUAUUGCCGGAGACAAAAAACGUGCCGAUUGAGCAGAUGGAGAGGGUGUGGAGAGGACACUGGUUCUGGAAGAAAAUUGUGGGAGGAAGGCAAGAAAAUGAGGCAUAAUUAAGAUACUCUCUUUGUUUAGUUCCACAUUUUGAUGUUGAUGUCAACAUAGGCAAAAUAAACCAAAUUAGGUUCUUGUUGAGAUUUGUUAAUUGAGGAAUGAGUUGAUUUCUGUUUA